AUGAAGACAUUAGCAAUCCUAAUUUUUGUAUUUCCAAUUGUUUUAGCGCUAACAAAAAAUGAUAUGGAAUUCGGCAUUGAAUAUUUUCUAUACAGACAUGUUAAAUACAUUUGUUUAUUGACAUGCUGGGAUAAUAAGUUUAGAAUUAAUCAGUUCACAAAAUAUUCUUCGAAAAACUUCAUCGGUGUUUCUAUAGUUUUUCUGGAGAAUUUCAAUCUACGUAAAUUAGGAAGCUGUUCUACUACACAUAUGGGUGAUGUCGGUAUCCUAGUGGACAGCGAUUGCCCAAUCUCCAAAGAUGUACUUUAUUACGCUUCAGAAAACUCUUUGUUUGACUCUUCACGCAAAUGGCUGCUCAUUGAAAGCAAUAUGACUGACUACAACAACACGCUGUCAGCUGAAACGAUAGGGAGGUUCAAUGACCUCAAUAUGAACGUCAACGCAGAUUUGUUUGUCGCUAAAGUUACUGACAACGGGUAUGAAAUGUAUGAAAUCUUCAAUUAUGGAAAAAUACAGGGCGGAGAGCUUAUUAUCAACAAUUUGGGUGUAUGGAGCGACGGGCAAGGUUUCAAUGAAGAUCUGAACGGCUACAUGUAUUACAGAAGAUGGAACUUCCAGCAAUUGUCUAUGAGAAUGGUUGUUGUCAUGACUUCGUCGCAAAAGGCAUUUGAACCCGCCUGGCUUUUAGACCCUCGACAAACCCCUGGCCUUGCAACCAUACUCAAAACAUCAGGAAUGAUAUUAAAAGAGGUCGCUGAACUGCAUAACUUUAGGUUCAAUUAUACAGUAAUGGACAGAUGGAUAGGAGAUUACACAGUGAAUGAUUCAAAAACGGUGGCAUCUACUUCGUUAUACUACAAACUACAGGACGUCACUCCAGUUCUGAGAUUCGAAAACGCUUUUGUAUUGUCUAAAGUUGAUUUAGUACACCCGCCGCUAACAUCUAUCGAGACACGUUAUUACUACAGAAUACCAACUUACGGCCCUGGGAAGUUUGAGAAUCAGUUUCUCCGGCCACUCAGCUCUGGGGCCUGGUUAUGUGUGGUUCUGAUUUCUGUGAUGUGUGGCUGUCUGUUACUUUUAACUGCUAAACUGGAGCGAAGACAGGCCGCGGGGCAGUACGCAUUUUUCUCUGUAUUAGCUUCGAUUUGUCAGCAAUUCUUCGAAGAUAAUAACGAGAGUGGAACAGGAAAUGCAUCGAGCGCAAGGAAACUGAUUGUGAUAGUGACCGGCGCUUCCUGUCUCCUCGUAUAUAACUACUACACUAGCAGCGUGGUCAGCUGGCUACUCAGCGGUCCACCACCAUCCAUCAACACCCUGGAGGAACUGCUGGACAGUCCUCUGGAAUUGAUCUUUGAGGAUGUCGGAUACGCGCGGUCUUGGCUUAAGUCUCCCAGUUAUUUUUUCAAUAGAAGAAACGAGAAAAUAGAAAACCUACUCCGUCAAAAGAAGGUGUUGAAUAAGAGAAAUAUCGAUGUUUUGACUAAUUUGGAACGGGGCAUCGCUAUGGUGAAAGCUGGAGGAUACGCUUUCCAUACAGAAGUCGACAGCGCGAACCGACUUAUAUCGCAAAAAUUUACACAAACUGAACUUUGUGAGCUGGGAUCCAUAGAUUCUAUGAAAAAAAGUCUAUUAUAUGUGACUGUCCAGAAAAAUAGCCCGUUUAAGGAGUUUUUAAAUUGGAGCCUCAAGCGUUUCAACGAACGCGGCAUAGUCUCCGUGGUCCAGCGCCGCACCAGGUCGUCCCAGGUGGAGUGCGAAGGCAGUUCCCCACGAGCAUUGACCCUGGGUGGAGCGGCACCAGCUUUCAUACUCUUGGUCGCUGGAUAUGUCCUGGCUCUGGCUAUAAUGAUGGUGGAACGGAUGGCUGAGAAACGUAACCUUCAAAUAUUGCGGUCCAUGCUGAAGUAA